ACAUUAUGAGCCAAAACAAAUGAUCAGGUUACACCUGUUUGGCUUACACUACCUUGGAAACCACUCGACUCCAUUCUCCUCAGCUUAAAGCACUAGUUCCCUCCCAGGGAAACAAUAUAAUCAACUCAUGACUUUUUUAAUCGCCUGAGCAACAGACUGGCUCUCUUCUUAAUCUCCACGUCUGGGUCAAGAGCAUCUUGCCUUCUUUCAAACCUGAGUCAUGAGUUGGAUGUUCCUCAGAGACCUCCUAAGAGGGGUAAAUAAAUACUCCACAGGGAUUGGACGGAUUUGGCUGGCUGUCAUGUUCAUCUUCCGUUUGCUGGUCUACAUGGUGGCAGCAGAACACGUGUGGAAAGACGAGCAGAAAGAGUUUGAGUGCAACAUUAGACAGCCCGGUUGUGAAAACGUGUGCUUCGACUACUUCUUCCCCAUCUCCCAGGUCAGACUUUGGGCCUUACAACUGAUCAUGGUCUCCACGCCUUCGCUGCUGGUGGUUCUACAUGUGGCCUAUCAUGAGGGGAGAGAGAAAAGGCACCGAAAGAAAUUCUAUGUCAGCCCCAGCACCAUGGGUGGGGGCCUGUGGUACACUUACCUCAUCAGCCUCAUUGUUAAGAUUAGUUUCGAAAUUGGCUUCCUGGUUUUAUUUUACAAGCUGUAUGAUGGCUUCAGGGUUCCCUACCUGGUGAAGUGUGAUUUGAAGCCGUGCCCCAACACAGUGGACUGCUUCAUCUCCAAACCCACGGAGAAGACAGUGUUCAUCCUCUUCUUGGUCGUCACCUCAUGCCUGUGCAUUGUGUUAAUGUCACUGAACUGAGCUUUUUGAUUCUCAAAUGUUUUCUUAAGCGCUGUCUCCAAAAAUACUACAAAAGACUUAAGUCCCCAGUGUGUGAGUGCCACAACCUCAGACAUAUUAAAUGUGGUGAGAUGGGGGCCCCUCCCCUACUCCAGA